CGACGCUGCUGAAGAUGUUCGAGACCACGCUGACAUUGCCGCGCACCAGCGUGCUAACCGAACCGCUGGGCAGCGUGCCAACCACAUCGACGGCCGCUGUGCAAACCACCAAACGGCGACGACGGCGACGCAACAAGCGUCGUCGCAAAUCGUCCAUGUCGAGCAGCGAGGUGGCCUCAACCCGAACCUACGAUCCCGUCAUGACAGCGACCAGCAUACGCGGUGGCAAUUCAUCUGGCGGCAGUGGCACAGCGCGUCGUGGUCGCCAUCGAGGUGUCAGUAGUUCCGCAUCAGCAACAGCAGCAGCAUCGGCAUCAGCAUCAGCAUCAGCAUCAGCAUCGGCAGCGGGUUCAGCAGCAUCAUCAUCGGCCAUGAGCGGUGGCAGCAGCCCGGCGCUAUUUGUGGAUCCGCACGACUUCUUCGAGACGCUCGACUAGAUUUAGAUAAGGAUUAUCAAAAACGAUCUGUAAUCUGUAUCUGUAUCUGUAGUAGGUUAAUUCUGUUGUUACUUCAUCAUUUUUUACACGCAUCAAUUGCGCCUAUUUAAGCCCUUCUUUUAACUGAUGCCGCGAAAAUUCAUGCGAUAAUUGUGUUUCUGAUUUAGCGAGAUUUUUAAAACAAACAAAAAAAAAACGUU